CUCCCUCAUUUCCCUCUGUUUUCCGUCUCUGCGAAUUCUUCCACAAUCAGGAUGCAGGCAAGUGAUAGGUUUAACAUCAAUUCCCAGCUUGAGCAUCUUCAAGCUAAGUAUGUCGGAACCGGCCACGCCGAUUUGAAUCGAUUUGAGUGGGCAGUGAACAUUCAACGGGAUAGCUACGCGUCGUAUACUGGGCAUUACCCGUUAUUGGCUUUCUUUUCUGUAGCUGAGAAUGAAUCCAUUGGAAGGGAACGCUACAAUUUCAUGCAGAAAAUGCUGUUGCCUUGUGGUCUGCCUCCUGAAAGAGAAGAUGACAGUUGAGCAAAAGUUGAGCAAUGCUCUGAAUGCCUAGCUCCAGGACUCUUUGAUUCUUGAGUCUUUCCAAAUUACAACUACCCAUGGAUUUGUUUUAAGUACAAACUUAUGUACUCUUAUAAACUCUGAAUGAUUCUGAUGAAAAAUGACUAGCUACAUUUUAGUCUGAUUGACAUGUCCUAGUGUAGUUUUAUGUUAGAUGCAAAUUACUUGAGGCUUGGAAAUUUAGAGCAUAUUCACUUCUUCAGUAUGCUAGUCUUUUAUUUGUUAAAUUGAGCGUGCUAGUUUGGUGCUUGUAUUCUUGUUGCAAUUAAAAGACUUCUCCCCAG